AUGCCACCUUCACCACCCUGGAAGACUAGCGAGAGGACUUAUUUCCUCAAUUUCAUGGAUGAAUUCGUCGCCGAAGGAGGGUUUCGUAAUCCGAUCCGGGCGGAUGAUUGGCUUCGGGCCCUUCGUACCAUGAAUAUGGAGCAGGUACGACAUCAUUUAGGUGGUGCUCUACACAAGCAAGACCCAUGGCCUAUUAGAACAUACACCAUUUGGUCGCUCUUAGCAGUGUGGCGAAAGGCCAAGAAGGAUCGCAAAGCAGCUGCUCGCGAAAUCCCUGAUCAAAUCACGCAGGAGAACGAACCGGAAGGAGAGUAUUUUCUCAAUGCCGUUGAGAAUGAGCCCAAUGACAGUAUUCUGGAUUCACCGCUAGUUGAAGAUUUUGAAGCGGCAUUGCCCGAAGAAUGGGAGAGGGAGUUUGAGGAGCGCCUAGCACUGUUAAAACGCGAAUGGGCCCAGGAAGCUGCGGCCCAGGAAGCUGCGACCCAGAACGCCUUCAGAAAUCUACUUUAUAUAGCCCCCGAAGAAACGAUUCUCCCAUUGUCGGAGGAAGAAGGAGCUUCACAGCUCAUCGCCAUUCUUGAAGAGCCAGCCGAUCGUCAUUCACUGAUGGAGGCUUCUAGAGAACUAUUGGCAAGAAUGGAUGCAGACCUAACCGUACAAGAAGAUUUCUGGGCCGCCUUUGAGAAACGCUUCGGCAGCGAAUAA